UCAGCCGCAUCGUCCCUACUUGAUGACGUCUCUCAAGUUCGCGGGAGAAAUUCGAAAGUGGAGUUCAUGUCAUCGAGCAGGUGAAAUGGAUACUUUCUGGCGUUCUAGGCAAUGAAGGGUUAAUAGACUGGGCGACUUGGCGCGGUUGGGAGAGCCCUGGACACUGACUUCGCCUCCACAGAAACCGCCCACGAGACGCCGUUAGAAUGCAGGGUGAGGCAGUCACUAUCGAGGCCCAUCCCGGUUGUGGUUGUUUUAGGGGCUGAUAAAGGACCAAGGGUCCAUUAUUAUUUAGUGACACAAAACCUUGCUUUGUCAAGUCCUGGCAAGUAAAGCUAUGUUUCUUUUAGGUAUUUGUACUGUUAUUUGUGGUUUGGAAACUUUACUGGUUUGGGCCGUGCUGUUCUGAGCUACUGUGUCAGCUUUUCUUUAAAAGCAAGGUUAUGCUACGGCUUCCUGCUGUUUUCAUGGAAAGCUCUCCUCAGCAUAACAAAAGAUCAUAUACAUCCGAUUACUGAUGACUCCUGCCUCAUCCUCAUUCUCUAGUGCUUUCCCUUUUCUAUGCUGCUUAAGGAUCAGGCCUCUGCGCAUACUGUUUCCGGGUUGGGAGCCACCAUUCACUGAAGCUAUAAAUGUUGAAUAAAAACUGAUUAUUUUCUGGACCUGACUAUUUUAUAAUCUCAGAAGAAACAAUGGAAUGUCAAGAAUUUAUUGUCCUAUAUACUCAUCAAAAGAUGAAGAAGUCCAAAGUGUGGCAAGAUGGAGUUUUGAAGACCACUCACUUAGGCAACAAGGCAAUUUUAUAUGAUGACAAAGGAACAUGUUUGGAAAGCCUGUUUCUUAAGUGCCUUGAGGUGAAACCUGGAGAUGACUUGGAAACUGACCGGUAUUUAAUCACAGUUGAGGAGGCUAAGGCUGCUGGAAGCAGAGCUGUUGAACCGGAUGGCCCUAGAGAAGCCCUGGAGUCAGGCCCAAGGACACUUGUAUCCUCCAGCCGGUCUCUUGGGUGUCAGCCAUCUGGCUUAAAAAGGAAGGCUACUGGUUUUCAAAGACCAUAUAAGAUGCCAAAGAAAGUGACUGUUAAUGAAAACAGUGGACCAGCUGCCUCGCUUGGCGAUGGGAACUCUGGCCUGCCUGGCCCAAGAUUUCUUCCCACGUUCUCCAGCACACUUCCUUUGUUUUCCACUGUUGGUCAUAAAGAUGUGACGACUACGUCAGCAGACAACGAGAGUCCUGUCACGUUCAGGAGCACAGAGAGAAGCAACAUGUCUCUAUCAUCUCUUUCUUCAUCCUUCACGAUUAACACAGACACACUAGGUAAAGAGGACAAACUUUGCUUUCCUGUAAGUUCUGAAACCAAAUAUUCAGACUCUUUAUUGGCCAGUGAGUCCAUGAGAAGAAAUGGCUUGGACUCUUUCUGUCCUGGAGUUUCACAAACCAUCAGAAGCAAAGCCCAGAUAUUAGCUCUUCUGAAGUCCAGCUCAACUACCAGGAAGGAUCUGCCUGAUGAGAGUAUAGGACAUGUUCCUAAGAUACAACCACAGGGCUGUCUGAAGAUUACUUCUAAGCCAAAGGAAGACUGUGCUGAGACACAGAGCACAGGGAAUUUACACUGUGAGCAGCAGUCAGAAAAUCCUACAAGAACUACAAGCCGGUGGGCCAGGUAUUUACCCUCCCAGAGGUCACCUCCCUGUUCUGCUAGAGAUGAAAAUGACACACAGGACAAACCGGAAGCCCAAGAAGAUGUGAACAUUUUUAACUUGUCUGAACUUUUGGUACAACAAAAGUCAGAGCUCUUUGAAACAUGUAUUGAAAAGGGAGAGUUAUACAGUGAGGACAAACCGAUAGAUGAUUGCCAGUCCUGGAGUCCGGAAGAAAGCUUAGCACCUUCAUUCUGUAAGAACAGCAGCGUAUGGGUUAGCUGCAGCAGUAAAGAAAGUAUCGACUUAUUGUCAGAAUCUGACACUCAGUACAGUAGCAAAGUGCCUUUUAAUCAAAAUGAGAAGGUGUGUAUACAAGGGCCACUUUCCACUCAAGGUAUUCAGGGGGCAGAUGCAGAUACAACAUUGGAACCGGAGUAUAGAUCACUGUCGCCACUGUCAGAAAUAGAACAUAAACAAAUUGAAGUCGAGUCUUCUCUAAGUACCAGCUCUAGAAUCUCUGAUGACAUUGUAGACAUGGUUUCUAAAAGCAGUGCUGAGAGAGAAAAUCUGGAUACUGUUCAGAAAGCUGCACAGCCAUUCUUGGAAGUUUCUUUUAAUCUGAGCAACUUUGAGGCCAGUGACACUGAUGAGAUGUCACAAGAAGACAGCAGACUUUCCCAGGAUUCAGAGAGGUGGGAGAAGGAGGUUGUGCUUAUAGAUGAUUCCUGUGUUCAGAAGAGCUCUGGGGAUAUAGGCUGCCGAGAAAUUGCAGGAAAGCACUUGCCACUCCUGUCGUCUGCCGAUGGCAAGCCUAAAGAGGCCCUCACUGCUACUGUGACUCUGUUGUCAGAAUUCUGUGAUAGAACCUGUGUAGGUUUUAAUUCAGGACCCCAUGAAGAUGCUAACACUGGCAAAGCACUAGAGGGGCAGUGCUACGGAGACACAGGGAGCAGUUUGGACUCGUCUCUGGAGUGGAGUGAGGAAGUGCCAGGGGACAGCAAAGAAGAUGCUAGUAAAUCUAUCCAAGGAAAUGCAAUUAAUUAUGGUAGUGUUUCACCCUCAAAUAAACCGGAAGGUAUAAAUACAAGCUUACAUAUUCCUUACCUUUUAAACGCAGUCACUAAUCCAGCUCCUGAAAACAGCGACCUGUUCUCAGAAGGUACUCCACCUUCUGUUUUGCAAAGUCACAUAGACAGAAAUGACGAGUGGGUCUUAUCACCAAUCUCUAGCAGUGACAUUAGUGGCCAGCUCUUGAGUACCACUCAGGAUCACUCUGAGCAUCAUGAACUAGAUGAAUUCAACACUCAAGUUUCUAGUUCUUUAUUUUACCCUGUGGGAAUAAAACAUCCUAUUUACAGAGACAGUGAAGAAGAUAUUUCUGAGUCCAAAGAAUUAGGAAGGAUUAGAAGUUUGUCGUGCAAUCAUUUUAAAGUGGAAACUACACAGAGAAACCAGCAAUCCUGGGCUACUUAUAAAAAUUCUUCAGAACUUUCAGAAGUAAUAAAUAACAUGUCCCUUUUAAAGUCACGGCCUGAGCAUAGCACAGCUUUAGAAAACUUGGCAGUACUGAAAGAAAAGCAUGUCUUUCUGCAUGAAGUUCAGCACAGUCGAGGCCCAGAUGUCAGUCCUAAAGCCAGGAGAUCACCUGCCACAGUAGUGUCACAUGCCCUGCUAGACUGUCCUCACGAGCAUCGGGCGUCUCAGCAGCCUGUUGAGUUUCAAGGACAUCAGGUGAAAGGAUCUGCUACUAGUGGUGUACUGGUCAGAGGACACAGCUUACAGCUAGGAUGCAGUCAGUUUCCAGAUAGCGUUGAAUAUGACAGCUUCCUGACCGAUCCUUGUGUUUGGACACCAGAGUUGCCUAGCCCUUGUGUGCAGUCAGACUUCUUGCAGGUGAUUUCUCCAGAAAAGAUCUCUGCAUUGAGCCCUGCACCUACUUUUUCUUUCAACACAAGAAGUGAAGACUCUGUGCUUGAAUUCUCUGAGGAGUCUCUGAAAACAAGAACUUUCCCUGGAUUGAAAAACAUUGGUUUUCAGGACAAUAAGAACUUCCAAAGGUUUCCAUUUUUAAGUGGAGCCUCAGUUCCCUUUGUCACUUUGCCACCAGAUGAUGGACCAACGGUCUUAGAUUCUUGUUCAUUUAUGAUCGAUGAUGACACACGAGAGCCUUCUGGUUCUUCCAGGUUGAACCUGUGUGAAGAAUCAGGUCUUUCAUUUGACCUUGGACUUGAGGACCAGGAUGGGAUUCCACGAGAUGUUUCACUGCUUCCUAAGAGUUCUACUCAAAGCAAGUGGCUGAAAUAUCAAAAACCAUCCCACUGCAACUCAGCUGCUCUGAACAGAAUUGCCAGUGAAGUGACAGAGGAUCUCUCUGCUGAGGCUGUCUCUGGCUUGCAUUUUAGCCACACAAGUGAGAGUGAGAGUUCUGUAGACCCUGUGCACUUGCAGAUGAUAAAAGGCAUGCUCUAUCAACAGCAGCAGGAUUUUACCAGUCAAGAUUUGGUUUCCAGACAGAAAGCUCUCUCUCUGAAUUUAAAUCAGACCUCCAGGACUGGGGAACUUCGGACUGCCUUAGGAAGCUCUGCCAGCAGUAACUGCAGAGUCAGGGAUGGACAGGAAAUAAAUAAUUCUGAUCUAUGCUUCCCAAAUGGGCAGAAAAUACUAUCGGCUUACCUUCCUCAAAGGCGAGUUCACAUACCAGCUGUUUUCCAGUCCCCUGCUCACUAUCGGCAGAUCUUUACGUCUUCCAUCAUCGAGCAUCUGAAUAUAUUGUUGUUUGGAUUGGCACAAAGGCUGUACAAAGCACUUUCCAAAGUUGACAUAUCCUUUUAUACAUCGUCAAAAGGAGAGACGAUGAAAAGUGGAAAAAAUAAUUCACCAUCCUGCCACCAUAAUCAACCUGCCAAACUUGUCAUGGUUAAAAAAGAAGGACCAAAUAAGGGCCGUCUAUUUUACACAUGUGAUAAGCCAAAAGGUAAUCAAUGUAAAUUUUUCAAAUGGCUUGAGGAUGUGACUCCAGGACAGUUAUCACAGAAUGAGUCUCAGCCCAACAUGAUUUUUAAUGAUAUUAAGAGUAUUGGCUCGUAUUUAAGAAGUCAGAAGAUAGCAGUCUAUGAAGAAUGCCAGCUUUUGCUGAGGAAAGGAUUUGAUUUUCAGAAAAAACAGCAUGGUAAACUAAAGAAACUUGCAACUGUAAAUCCUGAAUUUUACAGUGAAACAAAAAGUAAACUUUAUCUUAAGCUGAGUCGGAAGGAGAGCUCUUCGGUUUAUAGUAAAGGUGAUCUUUGGGUUAUUUCAAAAACCCUCGACUUUGAACUGGAUACUUUCAUUGCAUGCAGUGCCUUCUUUGGGCCAUCUUCUGUCAACGAAGUAGAACUGCUGCCUUUGAAAGGCUACUUCCCUUCUAACUGGCCCACCAACAUAACGGUCCAUGCAUUAUUGGUUUGUAAUGUCAGCACAGAGCUGACAAUGCUGCAAAACAUUCAGGACUACUUUAACCCAGCGACUCUUCCACUAAUGCCAUACCUGUUAGCAAUGUCUCAGUCAGCUACAGUUAGCAGUAAAAAUGUCAGUAAAAGAAAAUUUAUCCCACCAGCCAUUACAAGCAUUAAAACAAAAUUUGAACUCCUCCACUUGGGAGCGACCUUACAGUUGGCCAGAGAGUUGAUUAACGUGCACCGGUUGAACAACGACCAAGCUUCAGCACUAAUGCAGAUAGCUCAGAUGAUGGCAUCCCGAGGCAGCGAUGAAGAUGCCCUGGAGCCCUUCAGCCAUUCCCUGCCUAUCACAGUCAUUCAUGGUGUUUUUGGAGCAGGCAAAAGCUACUUGCUGGCUGUGGUGAUUCUGUUCUUGGUAGAGCUGUUUGAAAAGUGUGAUUCUGAAGCAGUUGGCAGGGCAAGGCCAUGGAAACUCCUCAUUUCCUCUUCCACUAAUGUAGCUGUUGACAGAGUGCUUCUUGGGCUUCUCAGUCUUGGAUUUGAAAAGUUCAUCCGAGUUGGGAGUGUUAGGAAGAUUGCCAAGCCAGUUUUACCUUACAGCUUACAUGCUAGCUCAGACAAUGAAAGCGAACAAUUAAAGGAACUCCACGCCCUGAUGAAGGAAGAACUGACUCCAAUGGAAAGAGUUUAUGUCAGGAAAAGUAUUGAGCAGCAUAAACUGGGGACCAACAGAGUCCUGCUAAAGCAGGCUCGAGUUGUUGGCAUCACCUGUGCGGCCUGCCCAUUCCCGUGUAUGAAUGACCUUAAGUUCCCUGUGGUUGUGCUGGAUGAGUGCAGUCAAAUGACAGAGCCAGCCUCACUCCUUCCUAUCGCAAGGUUUGAGUGUGAAAAGCUAAUUCUUGUUGGAGACCCCAAACAGCUGCCCCCUACAAUUCAGGGUUCUGAUGCAGCUCAUGGAAAUGGACUGGAACAAACUCUUUUUGACCGACUUUGCUUAAUGGGUCACAAACCCAUUCAGUUGAGAACCCAAUACCGUUGUCACCCUGUGAUCAGUGCCAUAGCUAACGAUCUGUUUUAUAAAGGAAACCUGGUGAACGGCAUUUCAGAGAGAGAGAGAAGUCCUGUACUGGAGUGGCUGCCCACGCUGUGUUUCUAUAACGUCACAGGAACAGAGCAGGUUGAAAGAGAGAACAGCUUUGUGAAUGUGGCAGAAGCUGCUUUUACCCUCAAGCUAAUCCGAUCACUGAUUGCAAGUGGAAUAGAGGGCUCCAUGAUUGGGGUGAUAACAUUAUACAAGUCGCAGAUGUACAAGAUUUGCAGUUUACUCAGUGUGGACGUUGACCAUCCAGAUGUUAAAGCUGUGGAGGUGUCCACAGUGGACGCCUUUCAGGGUGCAGAAAAGGAAAUCAUUAUUCUGUCCUGCGUGAGGACAAGACAAGUAGGGUUCAUUGAUUCAGAAAAACGAAUGAACGUUGCAUUGACCAGAGGAAGGAGGCAUUUGUUGAUUAUAGGAAGUUUGUCUUGUUUGAGGAAAAAUCAACUAUGGGGACGCGUGAUCCAACACUGUAAAGGAAGGGAAGACGGAUUGCAGCAUGCAAGCCAGUGUGAACCACAGCUGGACCGUCUUCUGAAAGAGUAUUUAGAAAAACAAGCAGAAGAAAAACAGAAGAAAACAGAGAAAGAGAAAUUGAGGGAUAAAUCUCAUUAA